CCUGGUCUUGCGGCCUGAGCCCAGGGGCUGAGCUUCCUGAGACCUUGGCCACAGCUGCCCCGGGUGGCGAGCGGGUUGUGGGGAGAAGAGGCGAGGACGGAGAGCAGAGCUCGCGGAGAAGCUCCGGCCCGAGCGCGCAGGCUCUCGGCUGCAGCGGCCACCAUGCUGCCCGCGGCGCCCGGCAGAGGGGCUGGCACGGCCGCCCGGACCCCCUGCGGCCCGGCGCCCCCAGGAAAUACGAAAGACAUCAUAAUGAUGUAUGAAGAAGAUGCUGAGGAAUGGGCUUUGUACUUGAAGGAAAUUUUUUUACGUGUUGUGAGAAGGGAAGCGAUCUUGUUAUAUUGCUUAGAGAAUUCUACUCUUUGGCAUUUGGAAUCGCUGAACUUAACCUCUUACAAAUGUAAACUUUUGAUAUUAUCAAAUAGCCUGCUUAAAGACCUAACUCCAAAGAAAUGUCAGUUUCUGGAAAAGAUACUUCAUUCACCAGAAAGUGUAGUUACUAUGCUUUGUGGAGUGGACAGUUCAGAUCAACUCUAUAAAUUAUUAAGUGUCUCUGGAAGCAAAUGGGAGAUCUCGACGGAGCAGGAGCCAGAAGACUACAUCUCUGUAAUCCAGAGUAUCAUAUUCAGAGGUUCUGAAGACUACCUUGAAGUUGACAUUCCAACAAAUGUAAGAGUUAAACACUCUGGGGAAAUAAAUGAGAGAAGGAAAACUGAAGAAUUACCAGAAGCUUCAGGAGGCACCACCCCACUGGCAAUAGUGGUUCCUGCUGAAAUUCCAUGUGAGAAUCCUGGUGAAAUAUUCAUUAUUUUGAGAGAUGCAGUCAUUGGUGAUACCAUGGAGGUUGAAUUUACGUCAAAUAACAAGCGUGUUAGAACACGGCCAGCCCUUUGGAAUAAGAAUGUCUGGUGCAUGAAAGCUUUAGAUUUUCCUGCUGGCUCCGUCAAUGUCGAUGUCUACUGUGAUGGAAUUGUUCAGGCCACAACCAAGGUUAAAUACUAUCCAACAGCAAAGGCAGUGGAAUGCCAAUUUAAAGUGGCAGAUGCAGGAGAGAGUUUGUGCCAGACUGACAUGGAAGAACUUGAUGGUGUGCUUACAGCCAUAUUCAAACAGGAGAUACCAUAUUAUGAGUUCCAAUCUCUUCAGACCGAAACCUUCUCUCAAAAAGAAUAUACUCAUUUCAAAGAAUUUCCAACUCUUCUCCACUGUGCCGCAAAAUUUGGCCUAAAGAACCUGGCUGUUCAUUUGCUCCAAUGUUCAGGAGCAACCUGGGCAUCUAAGGUGAAAAAUACAGAAGGUUCAGACCCAGCACAUAUUGCUGAAAGGCAUGGUCACAAAGAACUCAGGAAAAUCUUUGAAGACUUUUCAAUCCAAGAAAUUGGAGGAAAUAAUGAGCAAGAAAAUGAUUAUGAACAGGACAUUGUCUCAUUUUCCACAUAUAUUCCUUCCACAGAGCACCCGGGAUUUCAUCACCCAGGUGGGGAGAUGCACACACAGAGUGCAGAGGGCACUGAGGCCCUUGAUACUCCACGGAAAGAAAAAGAGAGCGGAUCGGAUGAGGAGGCUGCACACAGCUCCCCAGAGGCUGGCAGUGGGAGUUCUGAGGACCAGUACGAUGACUUGUAUGUGUUCAUUCCUGGAGCUGAGCCAGCAGGGACUUCAGGAGAGCCACUUGUGAGCAGCAGACCACCACUCCCCCCACCGCGACCCAUACCCACCACCUUCCAACUGGAAAAAACCAACUUCAAUGUACAAGCAGGGACAACGGUGGAAGGCUACAUGGAAAGCAGUCAAACCUGGUGUGAUCGAGGUGUAAGACAAGAAACAGGAGGUGAAUCUAAAAGGGAAGAAGAAAAGAAAGAUGAAAUGGAGCAGGAGGAGGAAGAAGACCCAUACACUUUCACUGAAAUAGAUGACAGUGAAUACGACAUGAUACUGGCCAAUAUGAGUAUAAAGAAAAAAACUGGAAGUCGGUCUUUCAUUAUCAAUAGACCUCCUGCCCCUACACCCCGACCCACAAAUAUCCCUCCAAAAGAGAAAACCACACCUUACAUAGCUCAAGUGUUCCAACAAAAGAAAGCCAGAAGACAAUCUGAUGAUGACAAGUUUCCUGGUGUUCCUAAGAAACAAGAGUGGGCUCGGAUGGAGAGUCUGACUGCUGGGCAAGAAGAACUCAUUCUCCUGCAGGAGAAAGUCAAGAACGGGAAAAUGUCUAUGGACGAAGCCCUGGAGAAAUUUAAACACUGGCAGAUGGGAAAGAGUGGCCUGGAAGUGAUUCAGCAGGAAAAACUACGCCAACUACGAGUUUGCAUUAUUGGGAAGAGACCAGAAGAAGAAAAAGUCUGUGAUAAGCUCACCAUUGUGCACCAUCCAAGUGGUAAGGAAAUUGCUCACAAUGAAAAUAUGUUGGGUAACAUACCUGUCAGCAAUAAGUUCCCUGCUCGACUCCAAGUAGAAAAGGAAUUUGGUUUCUGUGGCAGGAAAGAUCAUUAAAGAAGAUUAUUAUAAAGAAACUCAAGAAUCCACAGACAUUGUGCUUCUAGGAUGAAACAAGCUUAUAUUUGGAUUGCCUGUUCUCUCUGGGGCAAAUCUAUGUUACAAAAGCAGAAACAAGCCUUUGGAUUUCAGAAUUUGUUAUUGCCACAGAUUAUUGGUAUUAUACCUCCUUCAUAUUGGUUUAUCAAUAUUAAAACAGAAUGCCAUACAGCAAUUGCAAUCUUUGAACAUUCCUGCAAUUUUACAAUGCACUUUGCCAUUUGCUAAUACCCAUUUGAAAAGUAAAAUCAAACAGGAGCAGAGAAGUUAAAUGCUGUGUAGCAAAAGUAUUGGGUUUACUUGGGACAGUAACCUUGGCAGAUUACUUCUCCUCUCCUCAGAAUAAACCAUGAAAAUACAAAUUCACUUAGUCCAGUUGCCUUGUGAGUGGCUGGUCUUUUCCUUAAAUUUUUCACAGUUAAAUUAUUAUUGUUACAUCAUGUUUGCAGAUACCUUUUCUUAUUCAGUGUCUAUUUGCCUAUAAUCCUGAGAAUAUUAUUUGAAAAAUUUUCUAUAUUUCAAAUUAAUAUACCUAUCUACAACCUAUAUUUAUUAAAAGUCUUAAAAUUUCAUCAAUCUAUUUCUUAGAAACAAUUUAUUAACUAGCUUAGAACAGAAUCCAGUUUUACAUUCCUACUGUAAUUUCCAUAUACAUAUGCCACAAGUAAAUCAAAUGUUUAAAGCUAUGCCUGACUUUUCCAAAUAAAUGUUUGAGAGUUAACGAAUAAAUUUUUCUGCUUACCUAUUUAAAAGCAGAGGUCUACCAAAUAAUUUUAAAAUAAAUACUUCAGAGAGAGAUUGGCCUAUUCUAGUGGCAUAAAGCUAGUAUGAAACACCGUUUACAACCCUUUCUUCUUCUUUUUUUUUUUUUUUCGGUAUGAGGGUAUAUACAUAUAGUUUAGCAUGAUUAGAUUACAUUGUUUAAAUUUGUUAGAUAAAAUCUGUCCCCCUCACCCAGGAAGGGGGCCGUGUACCCUUACACGGUGUCUCCACUCCCUUCCUCCCUUCUGCCACCUCCCUCCCUUUCUUCCCCUCCUUCUAACCCCCCUCUCACCCUCUUGAGUCUAAUUGUAUUUUUCUCUUAUGUGGGUGUAUAUUUAUUCAUCUAUUGGUUUCAUAUUAGUAUUGAGUACAUUGGAUACUUGUUUUUCCAUUUUUGUGAUAUUUUACUAAGUAGAAUGUUCUCCAGCUCCAUCCAGGUUAUUACAAAAAUAUAUAGUCUCCCUCAUUUUUUACAGCUGAAUAGUAUUCCAUGGUGUACAUAUAACACAGGUUAUUAAUCCAUUCAUGGAUUGAUGAGCACUCAGGUUUGUUCCACAUCUGGACGAUUGUGAAUUGAGCUUGCAGUCCUUUCUGCAACCAUUUCUGCAAGCCGUACUUGGGCUGCCUUACUUUGUGGGGCCCACCUGAAAGGCAGGGCUACCACAUAGAAGAUGGAAAAGGAUAAGAUUAUCAAUAGAACUGACCUCAAAUUGAUGCAUGACAGUGUAUCAUUCCCUCAAUAGUCUCAUCUUCAAUUGAUCUUGCUUCUUACCUAAUUUUAUGAGUAUUAAAUGGCACAUGUAUUUAAACACACAAUACCAUACUACAUUCAAGAGCAUGACCUUUGAUGUAAGACCAAUCUAGUUUGAAUCUUCACCCAGCUGUGUACUAGGUGUGUGAACAAGGCCACAUUUUCCAUCUCCAUGAUCCUUAUGUCAUCACUAAUAAAAUGGUUUAAUAAUACCAAUAUUAGCAUAAGUUGUUCAGAAUUAAAUGUAGAGAGAUAAUUUAAUUGACUUGUCAUCUGAAGAGGACAUUUUGGAUCAGAAAAGGAAGUACUAUUUACGACCAUGAGUAACUGAGACUGCCUCAAUGCCUCAAGCAUAAACUACUUUGUAUGGUCAUUCUGCUUAAAUUAGAUGUAAGUUCUUGGAACAUUGUGGCUCCAAGUAAAUAGUCAAUGAAGAUAGUUGGGAACCCACCACAUCCGGCAUAUGGGGCUGGCGCCCUACUCCUUUGAGCCACAGGCACGGCCAGAGUUUAGCACUUUUUAUACUGAUUUUUCCUUAAGCAUCAAAUCCCUAUUAUAAAUGCUGGUUUCUAUUUUUUUUUUACUUUUUUUUUUUUUUUAUUAAAUCACAGCUGUGUACAUUAAUGUGAUCAUGGGGCACCAUACACUGGUUUCAUAGACCGUUUGACACAUUUUCAUCACACUGGUUAACAUGGCCUUCCUGGCAUUUUCUUAGUUAUUGUGCUAAGACAUUUACUUUCCACAUUUACUAAAUUUCACAUAUAACCUUGUAAGAUGCACCGCAGUUGUAAUCCCACCAAAAAAAAAAAAAAAAGUGCUAAACUGGAACUUGAAAAGCGGGCAAUAUUGGGAUGGAUAGCAGUCAGAAAUAGUCAAAGCCAUGAAAAAUAGGUGAAAGAACAAAUGAAAAAUUGGUAUUUUUAAAAUAUUUAUGAUACAAUUACUAAAAAUGUCAUCAAAAAAUUGCUAACAUAUAUCUUGAGUUAAGAGAAUAUAUUUACUUUGAAUUAUCAGUGAUUAUGUUAAACACCAGAGUGCAAAUUUAAUAAAAUUGUUGAGAUAAACACAAAAUAAAAAUAUAAUAUGAAAAAAAAGAA